AUGGUUCUCGCCGUUGAUCUUUUGAACCCUUCUGCCGCCUCUGAGGCCAAGAAGCACAAGCUCAAGACCCUUGUCCCCGCCCCCCGCUCUUUCUUCAUGGACGUCAAGUGCCCCGGCUGCUUCACCAUCACCACCGUUUUCUCCCACGCCCAGACCGUUGUCAUCUGCCAAGGAUGCACCACCGUUCUCUGCCAGCCCACCGGUGGUAAGGCUAGAUUGACCGAGGGUUGCUCUUUCCGAAGAAAGUAA